AUGAAUACCACCGACAUCUCUGCAAAACCGGAUCUCGCAAACGCUAAAGCGAAUGUCAUUCUCGGUGCCCAAUGGGGAGAUGAAGGUAAAGGAAAGCUUGUCGAUAUUCUCGCCCACGAUGUAGACGUUGAUGCUAGAUGUGCUGGCGGGAACAAUGCUGGACACACAAUCGUUGUAGAAGACUUCCCUACAGCAGAUGGACCAAAGAAGCAGAAAUUCGAUUUCCACCUUCUUCCAUCUGGUUUAGUCAACGAGAAAUGCGUUGGUCUGAUUGGAAACGGUGUCGUUGUACACGUACCUUCAUUCUUCGAUGAAUUACAGCAACUUAUAAAUAAAGGCCUCAAUUGCGCUGAUAGGCUCUUUAUCAGCGACAGAGCUCAACUUGUCUUUGAUUUCCAUCAAACCGUCGAUGGCCUUAAAGAGGUCGAACUUGGCGGCUCCUCAAUCGGUACAACUAAGAAGGGUAUUGGUCCAGCUUACUCCUCUAAAGCUUCAAGAUCCGGUUUGAGAAUCCACCACCUCUACGAUGAUGACUUUGAGCACAAAUUCCGUAAAAUUGUUGAAGGCCGCUUCAAGCGUUAUGGUCACUUUGAAUAUGACACUGAGGCUGAGAUUAGACGUUAUAAAGAACUCGCUAAUCGUCUCCGUCCACAUAUCGUAGACGGUGUUGCUUUCAUACAUAACGCUUUCAAAUCUAACAAAAAGGUCCUCGUCGAAGGUGCAAACGCACUCAUGCUCGAUAUAGAUUUUGGUACCUAUCCUUUCGUUACUUCAUCCUCAACUUCCAUUGGCGGUGUUUGCACGGGUUUGGGAAUCCCUCCUGGUCGUGUUGGUGAGGUGUAUGGUGUCGUCAAAGCCUACACUACCAGAGUCGGUGGUGGUCCUUUCCCAUCUGAACAACUCAACGACGUUGGUGUACAUCUCCAAGAAGUUGGCGCUGAAUACGGUGUCACUACAGGUAGAAGGAGACGUACCGGCUGGUUGGAUUUGGUUGUGAUGCAAUACUCUAAUGUAAUCAACGGAUAUACUCAAAUCAACAUCACGAAGUUGGACGUCCUCGAUCAGCUCAAGGAGGUAAAGAUUGCCGUUGCUUACUACCUCAACGGAAAGAAAUUGGAUUCAUUCCCAGCUGAUCUUAAAUUGCUUGAGAACGUUCAAGUUGAAUAUGCCACUCUUUCUGGAUGGGAAUCUGACAUAUCAAAAUGUCGCACUUGGUUUGAUUUACCAGAAAAUGCUCGCAAGUAUAUCGAAUUCAUUGAACAGUACUUAGGUGUACCAGUCACAUCUAUCGGUGUUGGCCCGGGUAGAUCUGAUAUGGUGUUGAAGGAAAAGUAA